UGUCGCGGCGGAGGUGCUGAAGGGUUCAGGCUCCCGUCGGCGCCAUUGGGAGCGUUUGUGUGGCUGGGCUGGGCUCGGCUUGCCCGGCAGAGCCCCGCUCACCCCGCGCUGUCAGGUGCUUCGGCGCCAGCCCGGCGCGCCCCCUUCUCCAUUGCCCGCCCCGUCCCCUUCUCCAUUGCCCGCCUCGUCCCCGUGCGCAGUAGCCUUUGCCACGGGAUCUACCCAGUCGAGUCUGUCUUCUCUUCUGCAAACGGGCGAGAUAGGUUAAGAAUAUGAGUCUGUUCAACCUAGACCGCUUUCGCUUUGAGAGGAAGAGGAGAAUCUCUGACCGGGACACCGUGUCUCCUUCGGCAGCCCAGGUGCUGGCAGCAGCUAGGUCUACUGCUGCUGCAUGUUCUGCUGCUGGAGGGGAGGAGGAUGAACUUACAGAUGAUAGCAGCAGGCCAGAUACUCCAGUUCUGAAUGUGACGGCGGUGACUGAGUACUCCACCAUCCCAGAAACUCCUGAACACAAGAGGGCAAGUGAACAAUCUUAUUUCAAGCGUCGAAGAGUACAGUUGCUAGAUGUGUCUUCAGAGAGCGAAGACGAACCAAGAAACUUCAGCGCUGCAAAAGAAAAUGGAACUUCAAAAGGAGAUGUGAUUGUGAUCUCUGAAGAGUCUGAUGAUGAUGAUGAUGAUGAUGCACAGCAUGGAAAUGAACUAACCCAGCUGGCGUAUGUAAAUGGUGGGGAUCAGCUGUCAGCUACGGAGAAUGGUGUAGAGGAUGACAUCAGAGAUGCAAAGCUGCAAACACUGAAGGAACUUUUUCCCCAGAUAAGUGACAAAGAAUUACUACAGUUGAUAGAAUCAACACGCACGAUGGAUGAAGCAAUAGCUGCUGGUUUAAAGUUCAAUGAUGAAGGUGCCUCUCGUAAAAGGAAACUAGAAGAUUGUCCCACAAAUGGCAAAACUGGAAAUGAGCAAGUCCCAAAAAAGACAAAACUUGAUUCACUAGAUGAGUCAGAACCCCAAAGGCAAUGGGAAAGGCAAGAAGUUCUUGUGAAGAAGCUGCAAAAUGCAUUCCCUGGAUUGGAUAAGGAGGAACUGAGAGAAGUACUUCAGGAGCAUAACUGGGUGUUUCAUGAAGCGUUGGAGGCCCUGAGAGUAUUUGCAGAAAACGAUCAGGGCAUGGCAUUUCCUGCCAAAAGUGGAGCGUCUAACUGUACCAAAGCCUCCACCAAGAGCAGAAGUGACGAGAGUAAAGAGAAGCUGACACAGAAGUCUUCAGUGAAAGUACAGAAUGGCUCUCAGAAAAAGGACAAAAUCAAAAGGAGCUUUUGGAGUACUAAAAGAGAAACAGAAGAGACUGAGGAUGAAUCAGCUUCUGAAGGCGGUGGUAGCUCCCUUGAUGAGGACUACAGUAGUGGUGGUGAAGUGAUGGAGGAUCGCUACAAAGUGAAAAUCCUCAGCUUCCUGCAAGAUGCUUCCCCAAGCGAACUGACUUUGAUUCCCCAGUGUUCUCAGAAAAAGGCUCAGAAGAUAAUAGCACUCCGGCCCUUUAACAGCUGGGAGUCUCUGUUUGCAAAAAUGACUCAGACUGUUGGUUUGUCAGAAGACAUAGUGUGGAACUGCAAGAUACUGCUGAAGGAGAGGGACGUGGUUUUAAAGCUCAUGAAUAAAUGUGAAGAGAUUUCAAAUAAACUGACAAGACAAGUAACCAGGAUUACUGAACAAGGAGGAUGUGGAUGGAACAUAGACCAACCUGUCAUUCUGAAUCGGAGUUUGGAACUCAAGCCAUACCAGAAGAUUGGUUUGAACUGGUUAGCACUGCUGCACAAACACAGAUUGAAUGGCAUAUUGGCUGAUGAAAUGGGCUUAGGAAAAACAAUUCAAGCCAUUGCAUUUCUAGCUUAUCUCUACCAAGGGGGCGACCAGGGUCCCCAUUUGAUAGUUGUGCCAGCUUCAACGUUAGAUAACUGGAUAAGAGAAGUUCGCCUGUGGUGUCCUGAACUGAAUGUCCUCUUUUACUAUGGAUCUCAAGAGGAUCGGAAACAUCUCAGAAUGGACAUUAAUAAUAAAGUUGUUGAUUUCAAUGUGAUUGUAACUACAUAUAACUGUGCAAUUAGCAGCCCAGAGGAUCGAGGACUGUUUCGCAGGUUGAAGCUUAACUACGCAAUUUUUGAUGAAGGUCAUAUGCUCAAGAACAUGAGCUCUGUACGCUACCAGCACCUUAUGACAAUUAAUGCAAAGAAUCGUCUAUUGCUAACAGGGACUCCAGUUCAAAAUAAUCUGUUGGAAUUGAUGUCCCUCUUGAAUUUUGUCAUGCCACAUAUGUUCAGCAGUAGCACAAGUGAAAUCCGAAGGAUGUUUUCUUCAAAAACAAAGAGUGCUGAAGAGCAGAGUAUAUAUGAAAAGGAGAGGAUUGCACAUGCAAAGCAGAUAAUAAAACCGUUCAUCUUGAGAAGAGUAAAAGAUGAGGUUCUUAAACAACUGCCUCCCAAAAAAGAUAUUAUUGAAUUAUGUCCCAUGUCUGAGAAACAGGAACAACUAUACUGUGAUCUCUUAAACAAGCUCAAGAAAUCUAUUAAUGGUAACGAGAAGAACUCUGACAUGGGAAAUGUAAUGAUGCAACUUAGAAAAAUGGCUAAUCACCCUCUCUUGCACCGUCAGUAUUACACGACUGACAAGCUCAGGAAAAUGUCCAUGCUUAUGCUUAAGGAACCCACACAUUGCGAUGCAAACCCUGACCUUAUCUUUGAAGACAUGACAGUAAUGACAGAUUUUGAGCUGCAUUUGCUUUGUAAGCAAUAUUCUCAUGUCAGUGACUUCAAGUUAGACAUGGAUCAGAUCUUGGAUUCUGGGAAGUUUAGAGCACUGGAACGCAUUCUCUCCGACCUUAAAGAGAAGGGCGACAGAGUUGUAUUGUUUAGCCAGUUUACUAUGAUGCUGGAUAUCUUGGAAGUUUUCCUAAAUCAUUGGCAACAUAGAUAUAUUAGGUUGGAUGGAAAAACACAGAUUUCUGAUCGGAUACAUCUAAUAGAUCAGUUCAAUACAGAUAUGGGUAUAUUUGUAUUCCUUCUGUCAACCAAAGCUGGUGGCUUGGGAAUUAAUCUGACCUCAGCAAAUGUUGUUAUUCUUCAUGACAUUGAUUGCAACCCAUACAACGAUAAGCAAGCAGAAGACCGAUGCCAUAGAGUAGGUCAGACAAGAGAAGUGAAAGUCAUAAAGCUAAUCAGUAGCGGAACUAUUGAAGAAUCCAUGCUGAAAAUCAGCCAGCAGAAAUUGAAGUUAGAACAAGAUAUGACUGCAGCAGAUUCAGGUAAGUCUCUUGCAUAUAAUGAUGUCCACUUAAGUGAGUUAAAGUUGCUGCAGUAUAUUAUUCUGAAAAAGCAAGGUUAUUGAGGCAGAGAAACCUUUAUUUUUUUUCCACACUAAAUGAACAAAAAAGGAUUAUUUCCCUCUUGAGUCUGACCCACAAAUCAAUGACAAUCUCCUACAAGUAGAGGAUUUUGCAUGGUUUUGGGGAUCUAGAUUUUUUUUGUCUGUUUGUGAAAUAGUUUGAGCUGCACUAACACUUGUUUAUGUUCCUCAGGAGAAGAAGGAACCAUUCCAGCGGAUAUAGCCACACUAUUAAAAGCUUCCUUAGGUCUCUAAAAUAUAAACACAUUGUGGAAUUCAAAGAAGAACGGUGAUGUACUGCAAGGACCCUGACAUUACUGAUGACCAUAAGUUUUAUGAACAUUUAUACCUUUUUGUAAUUUCUUUAUUGUAUGGCAUUGAAAAUUUUUAACACCGAUGGCAUUCUUUCGAUGCUUAAAAACGUAAAUGGCCCAAAUGUGUCAACCUUGGAUGCUGAAUAAACAUUAUUUUACAGAUUCAAAAUGGGGACCUAAGUGGUUAUUGUUUUGACAAAUCUGCGACUGCUUAAGACUUGUCAGUAUUUUUGUAAUUAUUUCUACCUCUAAAUAUAUAUAUGAACUGUCUGUUUCACUGGAUUAUUCAUGUAGAUUUUUUUAUAUGUGCCUUAUUUGACAAUGCUCAAGUCUGUUUCUGCUUGUUUUGGUUCAUUUGAUGUAUCGUACCGAUUUUCUAUCAACUUGUUCAAAUAAAAUUCCAUACAUUAACAAAAUGUCUUCAUAGGAUAAUAGAAUGGGUUGGGUUGGAAGGGGACACCUUCCACUAGAUCAGGUUGCUCAAAGCCUUAUCCAGCCUGGCGUUGGAACACCUCCAGGGAUGGAGCAGCCACAGUUUGUCUGGGAAACCUGUUCCAGUGCCUCACCACCCUUGCCGUGAAAAUUUCUUCCUAAUAUGUAAUCUAAAUGUCCCCUCGUUCAGCUUAAGACUGUUAUCUCUUGUCCUGUCACUGCACUCCCUGAUAAAGAGCCCGUCCCCAGCUUUCCUGUAGGCCCUCUUCAAACACCGAAAAGCUGCUAUAAGGUCUUCCUGGAGCCUCUAACCCCAGUUCUCUCAGCCUGUCCUCAUACGGAAGGUGCUCCAGCCCUCUGAUCAUCUUCAUGGCCUUCUGGUUUCACUCGAACAGAUCCAUGUCUUUGUGCUGAGGACUCCAGAACUGAACACAGGACUCCAGGUAAGCUCUUAUGAGGGCAGAGUAGAAAGUGGGAAUCGCCUCCCUCAACGAGCUGGCCACACUUCUGAUGCAGCCCAGGAA